AUGUCUUUAUACAUUGAUCAAUACUUGAAUGGAAGUCAUACACCAACAAGUUCACCAAUGGAUUUCAACAUUAUCUCUACAGUUGAAGGUAAUAGUUUGAUUCGUUCAUAUUCCUACCCAUUGAACAAUCAAAUUGAUAUUCCAUCAAGCUCCCACAUCGAUUUUAUGAAUUCUGGUGAAAUGACAUCAAUUGUAAAUCACUACUUUGUCCAAGUUACAGACCCAACAGUUGUCUCUUCGAUUGAUAAAUCUAUUGGUUUCAUUGGUGUGUCACCAUCAAAGACAAUAUCAUUUACCAGCACAGAAACCUCUGAAAUACUUUCAUUGACAAAUGCCAAGUAUAACGCAAGUUUCUUCUCAAGCAUUGGAUGGAAUCAAUCAUCAUUAUCGUUUAUCGUUGGAAAUAACCAAACUGUUAUAUUUAAUGAUGUUCGUACCUUCGAGACUUCCGAAAAUGAAUAUUCAGUUAUUGAUAUCAAUUAUGGAACUGUUGAAAUUGUAAAUCCAAAUUUAUUUGUCAAUCCAGUAUCUAUCAAUGGUGGUACAUUCAACAUCUCUAAUGAUUAUCCUUUCGGUGUUCCAGUUUAUUCAAUUGAUGGUGUUACUUUGACAUGCAAUCAAUUAGGAGCCAAUCUUGAAUGUGUAAUUCCACCUUGGACCUCUGGACCACUCACCAAGCAAAUCACCUCUAAAUGGAAUAACAUUGAUUUAUACAACAUUCAAACUCUUACAUAUGUAGAUUCAUCGACACCAAGCACAACAGGUACUGGUUCUACAACAGAUGUAACAACUGGAAUCCCUACAACCAGCACAGGAUCAACUUCAGGCGGAUCCACAACCGGAGGAGAUCCCAUCAUCAGUCAUCUUAGUGCAUUGAUUUUUAAUGAUACCAAUUUUAAUAAUCAAUAUGACGAAGAUGAAGUUGGAUUGCCAAAUGUAGCUAUCAAGAUUAUGAACACAAUCGUUUACAGCAAUGCAAGUGGUUUCAUUGAAUUUGGUUUCACACAAGCCGGUACCUAUAGCUUAUCAGUCAUUAGUGUUGCCUCCACUCCAUACUUCAUGCCAGUCCAAUCUAUUGUUAUCACAACUUUAAUGGUUUACAAGAUGGUCGUGAGAAUAUCAGCCAACCUUGUCGAUAUUCCAAACAACAGCACUGUCACUCUCAUCGAUAAUUCUGAACCCAAAAAUAUUACUAGCAUCUACCAUAGUAAAUAUUAUACCAUUGCCAAACCAAAUAUUGUAUCAACUCAAUUCGACAACAUUGCCCUCUUGAAUGUAAAUCCGAAUAAUACAAUCAGCAUCUCCAACAACGACACACUAUCAAUUUCUUUAGGAUAUGGAAAAUAUAAUUGGACAUUCUUUGAGAAUAUUGGAUGGAAUAACUCAUUAAUUUCUUUGUUACCAAACGCAGACCAGUCAGUAAUAAUAACAUCGAUCAAUCAAAUUUUGAAUGUUAGUCAUACCAACCAAUCAACAAUCAUUCAAAACAUUACUAUCUCAACAAUAGAAAUUAUCAAUAAUGACUUUUUCAAUGGUCUUCCAAGUAUUCCAAACAAUGGCAGUGUCAUUCAACUAAAGAAUUUAUAUUGGAGCGAUCCUCAAGCAGUGGCUCUCAAAUUAGAUAAUUCACCACUUAAUUGUACCAUAGAAAGUUCAUUCUAUGUUAACUGUACAAUUCCAGCAUAUUCAAGUGGAUCAUACACAAAACAAUUGAAUAUAUUUUGGAAUGGAAUGAAACUAUAUCCAAAUAGUACAAUCACCUACCAAGAAGAGACAACAUCAACAACAUCAUAA